AUGGCGCCCUCCAAUCCCAAACCGGGGCAACAGACCAUCAAAAACGCCAUCUACGAUACCUGGGUCUCACACUCAACAGGCCACCAAGUAGCCGACAACCCGUACUCAAACACAACAGCAUGGCGCGACACGCGAGCCCAAAAACUCCGCAACCAGUUCCGCGCUGGCGACUGUCUUGCCCAGAGCCCCAGGGCCCAAGAACGGGAGCAGCGCGCAGAGACCGGCGCUGGCGCUGGUGCUGGCGCUGGUGCCUUUGACGGAACGCUAGGUCCUGAUUCACCCGAGACAGACGCCCACCAGCCUUCUUCCAGGUCGAGAGCCGGUGGCGAAUAUCGAUGGGUAUCGGAUGCGGAGGCCAAGCGCUCGCAGAUGGGCCUGAGGGAUAUUCGGGGCUUUAUGGGGGUUAAUAAGCGCAAGGCGGAUGAUCAGGUGCACGGGACGGAGAAGAAGUUGAAGUGGGUUCAUUCUGCGGAGGGGAGGAUGGAAAGGCAGAGGGAUAUACGGGGAGAUGUCUCAACUGGAAGGUUGGGGGAGGGUAUGGCUUUGCGUGGGAAUUCCGAAUCUUCAUCUACAUCUUCAGUGUCAACGCCUUCAGCUUCGACACGCUCGACAUCCGCUUCUGCCCCUGCUCCAGCUUCUGUAUCCAUGCCCGCAUUCGCACCUGUAUUGUCAAAAACAAAGCUCGAACCGACACCAGAACCGCCAUCGAGACAGCCGACCCCAAAAGACGAAAACGAAAACGAAAACCAAGCACAACCCUCCAAUGCCAACCCCAACCCCAACCCCAAAUCUAAAUCCAAGUCAACCCUCCUAACCGGAACAUCAAUCUACAUAAACGGCACAACCCUCCCACAAAUCUCCGACCACAAACUGAAACACCUCCUUGUCGCGCACGGCGCAAACAUCGCCUCCUUCAUGGCCCGCAAAGGCGUAACGCACAUCAUCGCCGCACAACCAGGAACAACGGGCUCCGGUGCAGGCGGCGGUCUCGCGGCCCGGAAACUACACACGGAGAUUUCUAGGGCCGGGUGGAAGGGGAUUAAGGUUGUUGGCGUUGAGUGGGCGUUGGAAAGUAUCAAGGCUGGGAAACGGCUUGCUGAGUCGAGGUUUUCGGUUUUGAAUAUCGCGCCUAAGGGGCAGAGGAGUGUUGUGAGUUUCUUUGGUGCUUGA